AUGAAUGUGCAACGACGGAGACAUCGACAUGAGUAAAAGAGAGGGAGGCGGUUUGUACGACAGAUCGGCGUUCAAGAAGUUUGUCAGAUCUCAGGCGAAGGAAGCUGAAAUGUUGAAGGCCGAAGGCGAUGACGAAUUGAAGCCCAAUGCAACGGAGAUAUUGGCACUGAGCAGGAUAAACACUCUGCCUCAAACAGAUCCUAAUGACGACCAUGAUCUGUUAACAAUGGUGGUGGACGGUGUCGAGUAUGUCCUCAUGGACCAGAUUGUCGACUUUAUGAAAAGUGGAGGCAAUGAUAAGAAUCUCAUUCACGAGGCAUUGCAUGACGUGACAGAGGACGCAAUAGCAGCAGAAGAGGUUGUCGAUGUUGAGUGCGCAAAGGAUCACCCACUCGAUCUUGUCUUGGGGACUCCAGUAUGUAAGGGGAACAUAUUCGAAGUAUUGGAGGAGCUCACCGCAGCAUUGACGGACGUGGACAGGAGGAGGAAAAUAAUGCAAGGAUGGCAAAUGGUUGUUGCAGAAGAGGACACCGCAAUGACACAUAUGAGAGAUACGACAAUGCAAAAUACAGGUGUCGUGGGUUCUCUAGCGGCAGUGAAGACGACGUUGACGAUUCCUGCUACGGAUGCACUAACUGCUCAUACCGCAUUCAAAGAGUGGAGAUUAGCACCCGCUCGUCCUUCACUUGACAUCAACGAACGAGACGAACAAGUGGCGUGGCAGGGAGAUGAUGUGGUGGAUGGAAUUGACAAGAAGGGCAAUGCACAGACAGGACUGCAACAAGAGAACCCGACGUCAUGGGAGUUGGGAGUGAGUGGCAGUGAUAUCAGCAGUGAUGAGGAGGGUGAGGAAUACGAUCUUUAUUGGGACGUAAAGCGAGGUGGCGGUCAAGCCUCAAAAGGGUGGUGUCAUGCAAUUUUGAGGUUAACACGUGUAUUCGCGGAACCACACCCGUUGAUACGUGUUGUGGACAAGGCAGCAACACCAGACGUGCAUCUUCAGUUCGCAGGUGUUAAGGCAAUUAUGUCCUGCAUGGAAAACGGCAGACGUUGGACUCGCACAAGAAAAUCAUGGUUUGUUCUCAUACAGAAGGAGGCAAUUCUCAUGACAUCAAUGUCAUGGGGUGUGAACCUGAGUUGCGUCAUACAUGGAGCGGUUGCCACUGCAUGCGGCGGAACCGUGCAUCCCACAAUGUCAACAGCAACAACAAUUAUAAAUGCACAACCAAGAUUCCGUCUGUGUGCCACGACAGACAACAAUAUCGAUGCUGCUAUGGACAAAGGCCAAACGUCACAAGAACAAUCGAAACGCAGAAAAUUAUAGGGUCCUCUCUCUCUCUCUCUCUAUAUAUAUAUAUAUACACAUAUAUAUCGUCAAAUAGAACUGCCCGGUAAACCGUAGGCAGAGAGGGAGAAGAGGAUAUAUAUAUACAUAUAUAUAUAUAUAUAUAUAUAUAUAUAUAUACAUAUAUAUAUAUAUAUAUACAUUCGGGGGACGACGUUUAUGGACGGUGUUGGGCUGUGCGAGCCAAUUUGUAAAACGUGCUUGUCACGUGCGGGUAUAACUGCCACCUAGUAUCCGACCGCUAACAAAUGCAGCGUGUACGC